UAAAUGUCACGUUCCCGCACUCUUCUUCUUCCUUACAUGCCAUUGAUGCAGCCACGUUCAUCCGCUUCUCUCAACUACGACCAGACAGAUGCCGGCAGGGGAAAAGCACGAAGCCCAAUGUCCGCGAAAGUAAUUCUUCAAAGAAAAGCAAAUGUGUGAAUCCCGAGGGCCUUCUGCCAUUAUUAGCAGUUCUUGAAGACUGUGUAUAGAGGCGGAAGCAGAGAUAAAAGCUGUUUGUAGACCUUACUGGUUCUUCAAUGUCCGGAAAAGCAGCUGAAAGGGGUUCUCUCUCUUCUGUUCUUUAAUGGACGUGCUAGUACCCUCGUAAGAAUUGGGAACUUCUUCAUUAAUUGAUUUUUGAAGUGAUCUGAAGGCAUGAAAGAAGUUGAUAAGAGAAAGGCUUCAAGGAAUAGUCAGGCAAAGAGUUCUAGAAGAACUGAAAGGAGAGAGAAUAAAGUGCACCAAGAUAAUUCAUCCAAAACUGAGAAUGUAAAAGAAACUGAAUCAAAGACUAAGCCAACAGUACAUAAUUUUGUAAGUGAUUCAAACGCGACUUCAGAGACCUCUGAAACUUAUGAAAGCUUGGUUAUACAUUAUGUAGAUGAUGUCAACAGGUCUGACGAGGCACCUGUGGAGAUGAAAGUAAACGAAAUGGUUCCAAAAGAAAACAAGAAUGACGUGCUUGAUGAUCAUUCUAGUGAUAUGGAGAAAGGGCAAAAGGAAGGAAAUGAAGAGGUUUCAGAUACUGAGACGGUAAAGGAUUCGGUAUCUUCCCAAGGAGACUGUAUCAUAGUUGAGGAUGAAAAAAUAGAAAGAAUUUCAAGAGGUCCUAAAAGUAAGGCAAAAGUGAUUUCCUCAGAAGGUAAUCGUGGAUCAAGGGAGAGAACUAAUAGAAGGACAAAUACAGUGCAGAUGAAAGCAUCAAAUAAUAACAAUCAGAAGAAACCUGGAAACUCAAAUAGACGACCUUCUGGAGUUACUAACAAAAAUAACUCCUUGAACAAUAAGACUGCAAAAUUCCCUGCAAAACCUUCGUCAGAAUCUUCUGAUGGAGUAGAUGAAAAAACUGUCCAUGGGAUCAAGGAACUUGAUGUCCUAGAUGGAACCUCAAAUGGGACGCAGAGUUUAGCAAGUGAAGAUGAAAGUGAUGAAAAAACCGAAGCUCAAGAAAAUUAUGAACAUGAGGAGGUGGCAGCUUUGGAAUCAAAAAUUGAGGAAAUGGAAUCCAGAAUUGAAAAACUUGAGGAGGAGCUGAGAGAAGUUGCUGCUCUUGAAAUAUCACUUUAUGCUGUUGUACCAGAGCACGGGAGCUCAGCACACAAGGUGCACACACCUGCCCGACGCCUUUCUAGACUCUAUAUUAAUGCUUGUAAGCAUUGGACCCAAGACAGGCGGGCCACAAUUGCUAGAAAUACUGUUUCUGGCCUUGUUUUGGUUGCCAAAUCUUGUGGUAAUGAUGUUUCAAGGUUAAGCUUCUGGUUGUCAAAUGCCAUUGUACUGAGAGAAAUAAUUUCACAAGCAUUUGGGAAUUCAUGUCAGUCUAGUCCCCGGCGGCUAGCUGAGUCAAAUGGGAACCAUACUGCACCAAAAUGGAAAGGUAGCUCCAAUAGUAAACACGUGAAUGGCCUUCUGCAGUUUGCUGAAUAUUGGCAGGAUACGGGAACCUUCACUUCUGCAUUAGAAAAAUUUGAAUCUUGGGUGUUCUCUCGGAUAGUGGAGUCAGUAUGGUGGCAGGCUUUGACUCCAUACAUGCAGCCUCCAGUUGGGGUUUCCUCUGCAAAUAGAUCCGUUGGUUGGUUGUUGGGUCCUACCUUGGGUGACCAAAAGCAAGGAAGCUUUUCCAUCAAUCUCUGGAGAAACGCUUUUCAAGAUGCUUUUCAACUACUUUGUCCUGUUCGAGCAGCAGGGCAUGAGUGUGGGUGUUUGCCUGUACUGGCUAGAAUGGUAAUGGAACAGUGCAUAGGCAGACUAGAUGUUGCAAUUUUCAAUGCUCUACUGCGGGAGUCUGUCCACGAGAUUCCAACUGAUCCUGUAUCAGACCCUAUCGUGGAUUCAAAGGUUCUGCCAAUUCCAGCAGGAGAUUUAAGCUUUGGGUCUGGUGCACAGCUUAAAAAUUCUGUAGGAAAUUGGUCUAGAUGGCUUACUGACAUGUUUGGGAUGGAUGCUGAAGACUGUGCUCCUGAAGAUGAGAACUGUAAGGAUGACCGGCGGGGUGGAGAUGGUGAACCUCAAUCUUUUCCUCUCCUGAACGACCUGAGUGACCUCCUCAUGCUCCCAAAAGACAUGCUUAUGGAUAGGCAUGUCAGACAAGAGGUGUGUCCAUCUAUCACCCUUCCAUUGGUUAAACGGAUACUCUGCAACUUCACUCCGGAUGAGUUCUGUCCAGACCCUGUUCCCGGUGCUGUGUUAGAGGCACUGAAUGCUGAGUGGAUUGUGGAGAGAAGAUUAUCGGGAGACUCAACCAGAAGCUUCCCAUAUGCAGCUGCUCCGGUUGUGUAUAACCCUCCUUCCUCGGCUAAUGUGGCAGAGAAAAUUGGCGACGCAGGAGGCAAGUCUCACUUGGCCAGAAAUGCCUCAGCUGUUCAGAGGAGAGGAUAUACGAGUGAUGAGGAAUUGGAGGAACUGGAAUCUCCUCUUACAUCCAUCAUUGAUAAGCGGCCUUCACUUCCAGCAUCUCAUGGAGAAGACAUGCCCAAAGAACGGUACACUCAUGCCAGCACCAAUGCUAGAUAUCAGCUUCUUCGUCAAGUCUGGUCCUUGUGAACUUUGAGAGUUCUAUACGUGUACCUGAGCUCUUUUAUUAGAGCAUAAAUGAAUGUGGAGGAAAGGAUAUAGGGAAAAAAGAAACGAUAAGGAGUAGAAAGAAUCAAGAUGAUUGAAAGAUCUCGAGUAAUAAUAAAAUCCGACUCAAGCCCUGUACAGAAGAUCAAGUCCUUGGUAGAGUAGCAUUGAAUCAUUUUUACUGUUUCUGAAAAGUCUGUUUUGGAAAAACAGUACACAGAAAUCUUUUCGGGUUACUGUUUCUUGGCUUUUUAGUUGGGGCCUGUGGAUUUAGCUCGCGUCGGUUUGAAGAAAAAAAUCCCGCGCAUUAUUAGAUAUAUUGAAAAUUUUCAUGUAAUGCAGUUUUUUUUUUUUUUUAAACCAGAAUGUCAUAAAUGGAUGAAAUCAUGAAAUAGCAAGUUUCUUGAAAGUA